AUGAGAUUUAUUAUGUGAUAUCAUGAAAAAGUUGAAAUAUAUUCUGUCAUGGCCGACAGUUGUUUUGGCUCGUAUUGUCAAAAACUUUUAAAAUCUAAAAUUUUCAUGUAAUCAUGUCUCAAUAAAAUAUGAAAUUUUUUUUAGUCUAGUAGAACAAUAGUGAACUAUUUAAGACUAUUUAAAAAAAGUGUUAUUCUGUGGUCUGGGUCAAAAAGCUAAACGUGCUUUGAAUAAUCUGUCCCAUCACUGGUGUGAUAACGUACUGCUCUUGUGGUCCUGAACCUACUCUUAUUUUGGAUUUUAGUUGGAAGUGUUAGUAGGCAAUAUUUUAAUUGAUUGCUGACUGGCUGCUAAUUAAGCCUCAAUAGCUCUACGGUAAGAGCAGUUGGACUCAACACCGAGGGGUGGUUCUAUCCUUACCCCGUUGCUUUAUUGUCGUACCCACUCCUAGCACACUUUUUGUCGACUAGUAGGAGGGGAAGGGGAAUAUUGGUCAUAUUAUAAAAGAUAUGGCAAAUAUUCUUUUUUUAAAAAAAACAAAAAAUUUUUGGCUAAAAUAAACCAAGGAAAGAUAUUUCUUGCUUUAAAUUGCUAAAGAAUAUUGGUUGGUUACUUUCAUUGUCCUCACCAUUGUUUUCCAUAACAGGCUUUUUUUAAACAGAAGGCGGGUAUUUGAAUUGGUUCUUCUUGGUGUAUUUCAAUUGUCAGUGUGAGUAAAAAAAAACAUUUAAUUAAACCUCUUUUGAUUCACCUGUCAAACGAGGUUUAAAUAAAUGACAAACUUGUUAAUGAAUUUACAUCAGACAUUUUGCAGGGUUCAGGGUGAUUACCAAAAGCUUUCAUUGUGGUAAUGUUAAAAUAAAAUUGAGCUCUUGCAAGCAGCAAUAGCUUAAUUUUGGCUAAAAUAAUCUUCUAAGGCAAGAUAUUUCUUGCUGUUAGAAGCUUUGAAUUGAUAAUUUCUUGUCAGUUAGUUUUUAACGUCUUCACCAUAGUGUUUUCUUUAACAGUUUUUUAAUAAAAGGCAUAUUUUUAAAAGUAGGUUUUUUUUUGUGCAGGAUUUUGAAAUGAUUUUUGUGGUGUACUUAAAAGUACCUAAUUCACUUGUCAUGGAGAGUUGUGUGUCAAAAAAGCUUUUGACUAAACCUCUUUUGAUUCGCCUGUCAGACGGGGUUUAAUUAAAAUAAACUUGUAAAUGAAAUGACGUCAAACACUUUGCAGGGUUCUGUGUGAUUAUCAAAAGCUUUGAUUGUUGCAAUGUUUAGAAAUUAAACAAUUAUUUUUAGUGAUUUGAGUUUCAGCUACGCUUAUAAAACCUAAUACUCUUCAGCUUUCUUUUCUUUUUUUUCUUUAGUGUCAUAGAUAAUGAUUGUGUCUUAAUGCAUUGUAGAAAUCAUGUUGAUUAUCCUGUUCAUUUUGGGAAACAAAAUAAGCAUAUUUUUAGAGCUCUUGCAAGAUUAAAGAGAGCUUAAUUUUUGUGUAGGGUCCUCAAAACACUUCCAAAUAUAAUCUAAAAUAAGAAUAUGACGAGUUGAAAGUGACUUUAAGGAAUUUGAUUAAAUACCCUAUUAAAAGAGCUUUAAUUAAAGGUAAAGUCGUAUAUGAAAUCAUGUUGAACAAUUUUUGCAGAGUAUGAUGUCGCAUUUUUUUGGAUAAUCUUUGCUUUAUACCAAAGCAAUGAUUAAGCAUUAAAAAUUAAAAUUAGGUUUGCCUUAUUUUGUUCAUUUUGGCUGUGUCCCCAGUAAGCAAACUGUCAGCGGCCGACUGAGUGAGCCGCAAAUUUGCAGCGAACUGAAAUUUGAGUUAGCUGCAGACUCAAAUCAAUUUUCGUGCGUCGCAAGCAAACUUGAGAGAGUUAGCCGCUUAUUUAGCCGACCGACUUAAUUAUCACUUUACUUUUGUUGUACGAAGGGAGUGGUUGUGUUGGUCACGAUGGAUAUUUUUGAAGUAAUUGGUAUCUUAGAAGCGCUGAAAGAGGAUAAAAGGAAGCACUGGGUUCACCCAUUAUACAAGAAAAGGUUGAGCAUUGGACAAUUUCACACUCUUUAUCCAGAACUAAGGAAACAUCCAGAAAAAUUUUACGACUAUUUCAAUAUGACUUCUCAUACAUUUGAUGAAUUGCUUAAAUCUAUAACCCAGUACAUAGCUAAAAAUAAUAUCACAAGAGAUACAUUAUGUCCCGAAGAACGGCUUACUAUAACUUUGAGAUUCUUGUCAAGUGGACUAAGUUACAGAAAAAUUGCACAAGAGUUUCUUGUUGGAAAAUCGACGGUAUCGAAAAUAAUAAGUGAAACUGCAUGCAUUAUAUGGGAUAUUUUACAGCCACAGGAAAUGCCGGAACCUUCUGAAGAAUUGUGGCUAGAAAUAGCAAAACGAUAUUAUAAAAAAACCAACUAUCCUAAUUGUAUAGGAUCUAUCGAUGGCAAGCAUAUCCGUAUUAGAAAACCACCAAAAAGUGGGUCUAACUAUUUUAAUUAUAAGAAGUUCUUCUCAAUUGUUCUGUUAGCCGUAGCAGAUGCAAACUGUUCUUUUAUAGCUAUUGAUGUAGGUGCUUGCGGACGAAAUGCUGACAGUAAUAUAUUUAAAGAAAGUGGUUUUGGCAAAAAAUUGGCGUGUGGGUCUCUGAAGAUUCCUAACUCAACUAAAUUGCCUAAUUCAAAUGGAUUGCCCCAACCUUUCGUGUUUCUUGGAGAUGAGGCAUUUGGAUUACAAAAGCAUAUCUUGAGGCCUUUUCCUAAUAAAAGUUUAAAUAAGGAAGAGCGAAUUUACAAUUAUCGUCAUAGUCGAGCUAGGAGAUGCGUGGAAUGUGCAUUCGGCAUCCUAACAAGCAAAUGGAGAGUUCUGCAUACACCGAUCGCUACUAAUGUGAAUACAACCAUCGCUAUCGUAAAAGCCGUUUGUAUUUUACAUAAUUUUGUCAUAGCAAGAGAACAAGCACAAUAUGCACAUAUUUCGCGACGUACCUCAACAACUCUUACAAGUUCAAGGAGCCAAAUUAUUACUGUAUCAAAUUCUGGAAAAACAACAAGAGAAAACUUUAAAAACUAUUUUCUUAACGAAGGAAAGCUAUCCUGGCAAGAGAAAUAUUUGUAAGUUGUAGCUACAGGAAGAAAUAGUGUAACGGAGUGUGUAAAGCCGUAAAUACUAUGUAAAUUAUGAUACUUUGUUUUAUGUAGUGAGUGAUACAAGUAUAUUGUUGAAUAAAUAAUAAAUUCAUUAGAAUGGAA